AUGAAUAACAAUGAUAAUUUGAACAUCCAAGUAUGUGAGGAUGGUGACGUGUUGAGCGAUAUCUUAGUUGCUCUGGAGAAUGGGGAUAUCAGAAAUUCUAACAACCAAAAAGAAGUGUUAAAAACAAAUAAUAGAAACAAGUAUGUCAACAGAAGUGCACCCUAUUUAAGUAAUCCAUUUUUCCAUGAGCUGAUGAGAGGCAAGGAGAAUAAACUAAGUGAUCUUGACCGUGAAAUACCUACUCACUUGUUGGCAAGAAUUGCACAAAAAAGAGAAUCGGCACCUGAGUUAUGGAAGAAACUAUGGUCAGAAAAGAAGAUUUCGGAUGUAAUAAGGAAUUUUGGUGAGGAAGAGAUUUCAACUAUGGAGAAGAUUUUUGUCUCUUGCGUUGUGGGUGAAGAAACUACCAUAGUUUCUCCGGAAAAAUACUUUUCAGUUUCGGAUUGGUCAUAUUAUAUUUGGUGGUUGUUUUCAAGACGACCGGAGAUUUCAAAGAUCUCUCCAAAGCUCCCUGGCCACGUAGUGACAGCAGUAGCAUCAAUGGAGUGGAGGCUUCUACCUAAAGUAAGACCAGAUAUUUUGAGUGCGUUUAUAUCAAAAGUAAAUACAUACAAGUCCUCAAAUCCACUUCCAAAAGCAAACGAUAAAAGCAUUGCUCAAAGAGAUUAUUUCAAAAAAAUAAUGAAUGAGUUGAGAUCUGGGCUUGAAAACAACUUUAGCGAAUGGUUAUUACCUUUUCUUAGAUCAAAGAAGAUACAAAUUGAAGGUUUUGGCCAAAAUUCAACAAAGACAGGCAGUUCAAACUCAAUUAAGGGAUCUGAGCUAAUUAAAGAGUCAAUGCCUGUAGAAAAAAUCCCAAAAUUGAUUUGCCGUGAUAUUGAUAGGUCUCUUGUAAAAAAGAAAGGACAUGCAAAUUUGGUCCCUACUCAUUUAUUUCCACAUUUUAAUUCCUCUGACUGCUGUCUUCAAAACCAAAUAUAUCAGAACGUUUACAUAGAAGAAUAUUCUAAUUUAUCUUGGUCUGUGUUAAAUACAUUACCAAAGAUUGAUAUUAAGGUUGGUAUUCGAGUACAGUUUGUAUACAAGCCAGAAGGGUUUAUAGAUGAAUUAUAUUGGAUAAAUGGAGAAAUUGAGUCUAUUUCAGCUGAAACUGGAGAAAUAAUACUGAAGUCAAGCUCUUCAAAAGAAGAUAGUGCUUCUGUUUCCAUUUCAACUUCUCUUCUGAAUUUUCUCCCUCCAUCAAUUCCCACAUUUGAAAUUAAGAAAGAUUGGUGGAGACUUCUUCUUCCUGAAUCAACAAGCAACGACAUUUCUAAAGGUUCAAUAGUCGUUUAUAAAUCUAAUGGCUCAGAGCAGAAGCUCCUAGAUGGAGUUUUAGUCGAAAUUAACAAUGAUGAUACCGGAAGGAUUAUAGUUAAGAGACUAUUUGAUGGUAAAUGCGAGGAAAUUGACACAGAAGCAAUUUUGAAUCGUAUCCCAUAUGAUAUUCAUCCAUUUGAUGGGAAAUACGAUAAAGAAAGUUCACUCUCUUCAUGGACUUGGUGUAUUCCGAGACCUUUUCAAGGAGAAAAUUCAAAAGGAUCAAAGGGAAAGCUAUUGCUAUGGUUCGUUUCGGGUGAAAUUAACAUGAUCAAUGACGACCCACUUCUAUGCGUAUCUAUUCAGCCAGAUAUCCCGUUUAACCAUGGUUAUAUUUGGGGACCGCUACCUAUUACAUGCUUUAUUGAUGUUAAAACCCCGAUUGGAGGAAACAUAGAACAGGGGUGUAGCUUCCAAGACAUAGAUUCUAUUUUAGAUACACCUCUGAGCUUGCUAGUUUAA